AUGGAUAACAAGCCCGUGUACACUCAGACGGAGAAUGUCGUCGACAAGCCGCGCAAGCGUGGCUGCGCCGGCCACUGCUUGAAGUUUUGGUGGGCCUACUUGGUCGCCGUCAUUGUCAUCGUUGUCGUCGUCGUCCCUGUUGUCGUCCUUGUUGGCGUUCCCAAGAUCGCUCAACAAAAGCUCGACCAUGCCGAGCUCAUCCUUGACAGCAUCGUCAUGACCAACUCCCGGGCUCAAAACUUCACCAUGUCUAUCAACACUGAGAUCAAGAGUGACGGAAAGGUCAAGGCUACCAUCGAGCCUUUCGAGGGUGUCAUGUACCUUGAGGAUCUGCCGGAGCACAAGCCUUUCGCCAAGGUUCACUUCCCCGAGACCACCAGCGACAAGUUCCAGAUUGUCAACAUUACCCAGUUUGAGAUGAUUGACGAUAUGGAUGCUUUCACCACCUUCAACACCUGGCUUCUGCACAACGAGACUUUCAAGGUUACCGUCAUGGGUGACACCAAGGUUCACGUCAAGGGUAUCGCCAGGGCCUAUGGCGUCACCUUCAAGAAGACCAUUGACAUGCCCGGCCUCCGUAUGCUUGACGGAACCAUCGUUACCAACACCACCGUCAACGCCACUGCUCCCAAGGGCCAGAACAACUUCUUCGGUACCGUCCAGAUCCCCAACUACUCCAAGGUUGCUUUCGAGCUUGGCAAUGCUACUUUCCACAACUACCUCCUUGAUAAGGAAAUCGGCACCGUCUAUCUCGACAACCUUUCCCUCAAGCCCGGCAACGACAACGUUUAUCCUAUGCGCGCCACCAUUGACGACCUCGGCUACGUCACCGGCCUUGCCGUGCAGAGGCCUUACUGCGACAAGCUCAACGGUGUCCUCCCCUUCAAGCUCCGCGGCAAGAGUGUCAUCAACCAUGGCGAAAGCCUCUCCUAUAUCGCCGAUGCCUUGGCUACCGGAAACCAGACCGUCCAGAUCGACAUUCGUGGCACUGUCAAGCGCUCGAUGGGUAUUACGCUCGGUUGCGCCGACGCGUAA